CCCCGACUGUUUGCCCGCAAGCGGAGGGCGACAUGGGCUAGUAUCGUGCGUUGGGACAGGCGGGGGAAGUGCAGGGAGAAGUGGAGCCAUUGGCUGUGUCUGGGGGGUACUUUCGGAUUAGCCAGAAGGCAACACCGCCGGAGACUAGUUCUGCAAAUUGGUGACAGAAAGCAAGCAUUGUUAUUUAAGAAUGGAAGAGGAUACAGAUUUUAGAAUCCGGUUUAGUUCUUUGUGUUUUGUUACUGAUCAUGUUGGAUUUCGUGGCACUAUAAAAAGCUCACCAAGUGAUUUUGUUGUUAUAGAGAUUGAUGAACAGGGACAAUUAGUUAAUAAGGCACCAAGUAAACUGAUUAGUAAAGUACUACCUGAGCCAAAUAACUUUGCCAAAAAGACAAAACUUGAUCUUCAGAAUUUGUCCUUUGAAGAGGGAAGCAACCAAGAAGUUAGUAUUUUUGCUGGGUGCUCUGGUGCUGAUCAAUAUCAUCAAUCUGGUUCAGAAAGGGAAGAUACUAUCAGUGAUGGAACUUCCAAAGGCGAAGAAGAAACAGUUGAUGUUUUAGGUACCUUGUUAGAUGAAAAAACUAACGAACUACUGAAUCACUUUGCCUGUGAUAUAAAAGAGAAGUGGAAUUCUAAAACUGAGCUAAUUGGAUCAUCUCCUGAAUUCUCAUUAGGCAGAAUCCUUGACAAAAACCAGAGGGCUAUUCUGCACAGUGCUAUUAGGCAGAAAUUUCCUUUUUUAAUAACUGUAGGUAAAAACAGUGAGAUUGUUGUAAAACCAAAUCUUGAGUAUAAGGAACUCUGUCACUUGGUAUCUGAAGAAGAAGCAUUUGACUUUUUUAAAUAUUUGGAUGCAAAAAAAGAAAAUUCCAAAUUUACUUUUAAACCUGAUACAAACAAAGACCACAGAAAAGCUGUCCACCAUUUUGUCAACAAAAAGUUUGGAAACCUUGUGGAAACCAAAUCUUUCCCUGAGCUCAAUUACAGUGCUGGGAAUCCAAAUGUAGCAAUAACAGUAAGAUUUCGGGAAAAAACACACAAGCACAGGAAGAGGUCUCUUUUUGAGUACCGGGAUAGAAAAGUUAUAUAUACAGCCUUUACGCUACGGAAAGAAAAUCUGGAAAUGUUUGAAGCAGUUGGUUUUUUAGCUAUGAAACUUGGUGUGAUUCCUUCAGAUUUUAGUUAUGCAGGCCUUAAAGACAAGAAAGCUGUCACCUAUCAAGCAAUGGUUGUUAGAAAAGUGACUCCAGAGAGGUUGAAAAAUAUUGAAAAAGAAAUUGAAAAGAAAAGAAUGAAUGUGUUUAAUAUUCGAUCUAUAGAUGAUUCCCUUAGACUUGGUCAGCUCAAAGGAAAUCACUUUGAUAUUGUCAUCAGAAAUUUAAAAAACCAGAUAAAUGACUCUGCAAACCUGAAAGACAGAAUUUUAGAGGCAAUAGAAAAUGUUAAGAAUAAAGGGUUUGUAAAUUACUAUGGACCGCAGAGAUUUGGGAUGGGAAGGAAAGUUCACACUGACCAGAUUGGAUUGGCUUUGCUGAAGAGUGAAAUGGUGGAGGCUGUAAAAUUAUUUCUUACACCAGAAGAUUUGGAUGAUCCUGUAAACAGAGCAAAGAAAUAUUUUCUUCAAACUGAGGAUGCUAAAGGCACACUUUCAUUGAUGCCUGAAUUCAAAGUUCGAGAGAGAGCAUUGUUGGAGUCACUGCAUCGCUUUGGCAUGACGGAGGAGGGUUGUAUCCAGGCGUGGUUCUCUUUUCCCCAUUCUAUGCGCAUAUUCUACGUUCAUGCAUAUAGCAGUAAAAUUUGGAAUGAGGCAGUAUCCUACAGACUUGGAACCUAUGGGUCAAGAGUAGUAGAGGGUGAUUUGGUCUGUUUGGGUGAAGAUGUUGACGAUGAACAUUUCCCAAAUAAUAAAGUUCAUCUAGUAACUGAAGAAGAGGAAUCAGCUAACACAUAUGCAAUACAUCAGGUGGUUCUUCCAGUGCUUGGAUACAAUAUUCAGUACCCGAAGAACAAAGUAGGGCAGUGGUACCAGGAAAUACUUAGCAGAGAUGGACUACAGACAUGUAGGUUUAAAGUACCUACUCUGAAACUGAAUGUUCCAGGAUGCUAUAGACAGAUAUUGAAAUGUCCCCACAAUGUCUCAUACCAACUAAAGGAAGAACAUGAUACUGAUGUCAAAAUGGAAGGUUCCCACAUUGGUGAAGCAACUUUAUCUCUUUUGAUCUCUUUUGAUCUUGAUGCUUCGUGUUAUGCUACGGUCUGUCUGAGGGAGAUAAUGAAGCAUGACUUUUAGAACCAUUAGCCUUGAUCUAAUCAUAUCUGUCAUUCUUUAGAAGAGAGGGAGCUAAAAUUUCUGGAGCAUCUACCAUUUACCAGGAGCUUUAUAAUUGUUAUCUCCUGUAAUUACAAAACAUCCUGAGGAACUAGGAAUUUGAUGCUGAUGUUCUAGAGGACAUAGAGCUAGUAAGUGGCAGCGUUUGAAUUUAAGACUGCAAAGCUUAUGUUCUUUCUAUGAUCUAAUGUUUCAGUGACCUUUAUUCUGUGCUAUAAAGUUUACAAUCUUUCUGGACUAUUCAGAGCAUAUAAUACUGCAAGGUAACAUGUAAAAAACAUGUUUGGAGUAAUGUUGAUAUCCUCUACUUGCUUAGAAUGUAGAUGAAACUAGAUUUUAAUGAAAGCGUAUGGUUAGAGAGAAAGAUAAAUGAAGCAUUUUGUUAAUUUUUAUUGUCAUUCUCCAUUUUUGAAAUCAUUUAUCAGAAUAAUACAUUAGGGAAAUAUAAUUUCUAUUAUGGUAGCUACCCGGGGUAAUUUACCUCUUUAUGAGAUAAAUAAUCUUCGGUGAAGAUUGAAAUAAAAUUUUUCAUACGAUUUCCUUAUCUCGAUAUACAUUGACCCUCUUGAUUUUCUGUGAUUCUUUUCUCUGUCAUCAAAAACAAAUUUUAGAGUCAGACAGAUCUGGGCUCAGACUCCAGCUCUGACACUUACAAGUCACUUUGGGUAUGUUGUUGACUCUUUUUGACACUUACUAAAGAAUCAGGACAGCACAACCUCAUAAGCAACAAGUAAUAGAAUUGUCUCCACCUUUUAUGUUGCUAGAGGAAGGAAACAUUUUGCCUAUUUGAAAAUUGAAAUAUUUAACUAUCCCACAUCGUAAACCAUCCUUAACCACUUAUAUAUAUCAGUUAAAUUUGGGGUGGUGGUGGUAUAUAUUGAUUUCGAAGGUCUAGCAUCCUUUCAUUGCUGGUAGUAUAAUAUGGUGACAUUUAAAAAGCAGUAUAGAGCAUUGUAUGUCAGUAUUUGGCACUUUUAUAUACUUAAGUCAGUGAAACUAUUUUGGGUAUAGUAGCAUAAGGAAAUAAAAUUCAAAAGAAGGAAAAAAGUUACAUGCAACACAAAACUUGCUCAUUAUAACAUUUUUAUACAGAGUGAAAGAAAUUAUAGUUUGAAAGUCCAGCAUUAGAUAACGAAAUAAAAUGACAUGUAUCAACUUGAUGGCAAAACAUGUAGUUAUUAAAAAUUAUUUUAAAUGAUGAUAAAGGUUUUAGGUAUGUGAAAAAAAUGUUGCCCCUCAAAACCAGAAGAUAGACAUUACAAAUGCAGUAUAAACACUGAAUGCAGCUCUUUCAAAGAGAGGCACUUUAGCAUAGCGACUAAAAGCACAGUUACUGGGGACAAACUCCCCCAGUUUGAACCUUGGCUCUGCCAGGUAGCAUGUGGCCUUGGACAAGUUGUUUAAGCUUUGUGUGCUUUGGUUUCAACAUCUAUAAAACGAGAAUGGUAGUAUAAGUCCCUCAUAGGAUUAUUGUGAGUCCAUAUAUGUUCAUAUAUGUAAAGUGAGUCCAUACCAAGUUCAUAUAUGUAAAGCAUCUUGGAAAAAUACCUGGUACUUAGUUAUUGUUAAAUAAGUAUCCACAGAUUCAAGUUUGGAAAGGAAGAGAAAAACAUGAAAAUAAGUGUCUUUUUUGUCAUUACAUAUAUUAUCUUUUUAA